AUGAAGGUGGUUGGGUUAACGUCUGGUGGGAAGGAUAGUUGCUAUAGCUUGAUGUUGUGUAUGAAGGAUGGGCAUGAUGUCGUAUGUCUCGCUAAUUUGUAUCCACCGAGCGAUAGCGAGGAGGAGAUAGAUAGUUACAUGUAUCAAUGUGUCGCUCACACAGGACUUCAACUAUAUAGUGAAGCUUGUGGCUUCCCGGUUUAUCGGCGCGAGAUACGAGGGAGACCGAUAAAAACAGGUGCCUUUUAUGAAGAAGCUAGUCACGAUGAAGUGGAAGAUCUCUAUGAGUUGCUUGCGUUCGUCAAGCAGAAACAUCCUGAUAUUGAGGCUGUUUCUAGCGGCGCUAUUUUGAGUAGCUAUCAGAAAAAUCGCAUUGAAAAUGUAUGCCGGAGAUUGAAUUUGGAAUCAUUAACCUACUUGUGGAGCGCUGACGAAGCUGUGUUGUUCGAUGAAAUCAUUUCAUCCGGAAUUGAAGCAAUUAUUGUUAAAGUGGCUGCACUAGGUCUAUCAACAAAACAUCUCGGGAAAUCCCUAAACGAGGUGAGGGACCUUCUGUCGAACCUCAGUAGUCGAUAUGGCGUUCAUAUUUGUGGUGAGGGUGGCGAAUACGAAACGUUCGUUGUGAAUUGUCCAUUUUUUAAGAAACGGAUUGUUGUAGACGAAACAAAAAUUGUGGAGCAUUCUGUGAAUGAUUUUGCUACAGUGGCCUAUCUUUCUCUAUCUAAAUUGCAUCUUGAAAAUAAAUGA